AUGCUGAGUCGACUCAUCAGUCACAGCUUCCCUUUUCCCAUCCCUUCUCCCCGCCUUUCGCCCCAUUCUCGCCAGCCUGCCAAUUUCACGUCGGAUAUUUUCAACCGCCAGCUUCCAGACGCCAUUACCACGGCACUCAAGCAGCCGUGGAAAAAACAGGUGAGCAGGACUGAUUGGAGUGCUGACGUGGACGAAUGCAGGGUGAGUAGGAUCCAUCAGCCCAUCCCAGUGGUGGUGGUUCACCAGCAGCCGUCAGGCUCAGUGGCCUGCCGCCCCUCCCACUUCAUGGCGCGGCACCGCAACCAUCUCACUGCAUGCUCGUUCCCUCCCCGCCCCCGUUCCCUCUCUUGUCGGCCCCGCCCAGCCCAUUCCAGUGGUGGUGGUUCAUCAGCAGCCGUCAGGCUCGGUCGCCUGCUGCCCCUCCCACUACAUGCACCGCAACCUGCGCCACACGCGGCACCACACAAGCUCUCCUCUCCCUCUUUCCUCUCCUCUUGCCUUUGCCCCACACGCCCUUCUCCCCCCUCCCAGCCCAUCCCAGUGGUGGUGGUGCAUCAGCAGCCGUCAGGCUCAUGGUGGUGGUGCAUCAGCAGCCGUCAGGCUCAGUGGCCUGCCGCCCCUCCCACUACAUGCCUCGCAACCUGCCCUGUGCCACAAGCGGCAGCCCACAUGCCCUCUCUCUCCCCUGCAUCUCCCCUACGUGUCUCCCUUUGUUUCCCCCACCAGCCCAUUCCAGUGGUGGUAGUCCACCAGCAGCCGUCAGGGUCAGUGGCCUGCCGCCCCUCGCACUUCAUGCACCGCAACCUGCGCCACACGCGGCAGCGCAACGCAGUGGUGUAUUUCAUCGGGCCCGACAGCGACGAGUGUGUGGAGAUGGCGAGGGAGCUGGAUAUCGUUCUCGACCCAGUGAUAGGGUACCAAGACGUGGUUGGCUGGUUCUCUGCUAACCUCGGAGAUCCUGUGUCUUAUCAGGUGCGCUGGUUCAUCCUGAAGGCCUUCAUGGAGCGCCAUGCCUUUCCGCGCAUCUUCUUCCUCGACUCGGACGUCAUCCUCUUUGCCAACAUCACUGAGCUCGCCACCAUGCUGUUUUCAAGGGUGCACCUCGUGGUGUCGCAGCGCUGGCCCAGUCUUCGUGCCCCAGGCCCCAGCCAGUAUGCGUCCACAGCAGUGAGUGGGCACGUGUCCCUCUGGACGUACGAUGCUCUCUCUGACUUCCUCGACUUCUUCCAGCUGUUUGUUCAGGAAGCAACCCUGUACGGGCAACCUGGCGAUGCACGGCUUGUAGCGGAGCGUGCUUAUAACGACAUGGUGGUGCUGGGCUGGUACACGCACAGGAUCUGCUGGAUGAAAAACCCUCAGAACCUGCACCCCCAGUGCAUCUGUGACAAGGAGAGUGGGGUCACUCCCGAGCGGUCAGCGCGCAUACGGGGGAAGUUCACACCCAAGUUCCGGGUCGACUCGUUUGCAACGCCCCGCUGGUGCAACGCCACAGACUGGUGGGACGAGGGGUGGUGCGUCUUUGAUAACAACUUCUCCAUCCAGACGCCCACUCAAUUCUUUAAGUAUCGGCCUCAGGACGGCAUGAAGUGCCCCUCUUCUAUGCACUACACUCAUUUUGACGACUGGGCCAAGGAAGGGGAGAAGCAGACGUCGCCGGUUCAAUUCCUGGGAGUGCACUUACAGGCGCACAGAAAGGGGUACCUCACAAGGGGGGAUGACCCAGCAGCCACAUGGGGUUCGAGCCCUGACUGA